AACGUUUGUUUAUCCCUAACCUGUGGGAUAUAUUUUUGGCUAAGCCAGAAGUAUGUAAAUGAAAUGAUUCCAUAUUCUUCUCCUGUUUAUCCCUGCCUCCAUUUCCCAUUGCUUUUUCUGUUGUUUCUCUGUGCCUAUUUUAGAGAAGUCCUUUUGGGUAGGGAACUGUGAUGCCCAUUCUUUGUACAGUGCCCUGUAUGUGCUACACAAAUAAAUAUAAGUUGGUUUGAGUGUUUGUGAAUAUCAAAGUGAGGUAGAAACAGCAGCAAUAGUAUUGGCCUUUAUGGGGGAAAGGAGCAGUAAUUGUAAAGUGCUUCAAACAUGAGGUGCUGUAUGGUAAUGGUUGAAAACAACAAUCUAUGAUUACUAUGUUCUUUGCAAACAUGAGAUAUGGAAAACUUGGGCUUGGUGAAAAUUGAACAAGAGGUUUCUUCUGUGGACACCAGUACCAGAGAUGAUUGCAACUCUGUUGGCUGUAACUUAAGUAGUAACGCCCCCAGCAGUCCUUCGCCCAGCCCAAAUGGCAUCUCCAGUUUCUCAGGGAAAACCAGCCCUCCAGUAAUAUCUUGUGAAGUUGGUCCUCUGGCUUCCUUCAUGCAGGACCCUCAAAGGAGCAGUGACUCAGAAAUAUUGGGAAACUGUGAGGCCAGGUGGUUACGGUUGUUUGGAUUGGUGGAGAAGCAAUGCCAAGAACAGAUAGCAGCCCAACAGAAAGUGUUCUGUCAUCAAAUCCAUCGCAUACAGAAUGAAAUCAGUCACUUGAUGAAACUACAAAACCAGAAUGUGUGUUCAUGCAACAAGCAAAUCUCUCAGGUCAAAUUUGUGAGCAGUUUCUCUUCAUUAGAAAGUCAAAUGGGGUUGCAGUCUGAAUCCUUUGAAGAAAAUGAACUCUUUGCAAAUCUCCUCAAAUCCAAUAACCCUGAGAGUCAGCCAGAAGUUUCAACUGUGCAUCAGGAACGCCUCACGAAUAGUGUUUCAAUGAGCAGCGGGUAUGGCACCUGUUCUGUGGCAGAACUGAGUCCUACCAAAUGUAAAGACAUUCAAACGUGCAUGAAAAAUGCGGAGGAGGUUACCAAAGGAAAGGAAAGUGCGUUGUCAACGCAGGGAGAUUUAGUUACAGCCAGUAUUCAAAACACGAGAGAGUGUACGCAAACAACUGUAGAACAUUGUCCGCCACUAAAAGAGGAUGAAAGAGUUUUUCAUGCUGAAUUUGAGCAUAAUAUCAAGGAAAGUCCAUGUGGAAAAACAAGCUGUAAAUCUUUAACAUCAUGGGCUCAAAAGCUGAAACAAAACCAGGUGAAAAGAACAAAUGUGGAAGAAGGGGAUGGGCAUUCUGUGCAAGGAAAAGAGCAAACACAGACUCUAACACCGGAGAAUACUAAUUCUACUGCUGCUGUUUCACCAUCUUAUGCUUUUUACCUCAAUGAACCAAAUGGAAGCCAAAAUUCUUUAGUGUCUGAUACUUCAGGACUGUCAUACUGGAAACUAGAUGAGAAGGAGAUGUACCAUACUUUGCCUGAGAACUUUGGAAAUGAAUUUAGUAUAUUCCCAACUAAGGUGUCCUCGGAGCAGUUGCUUUCUGGUGAUGAGAUGAAGCCUUCGUCCUUAAAGGAUAUUUAUCACAAGAAACAAAGGGAAAGUAAGCAGUUUGUAGACUGGAACCUUUCCCCCUCGCAGUCAACUCACCCUCCUGAGGUUCUGACCCUCGACCCAACACUGCACAUGAAACCUGGCCAAAAGAAUCCAGGACCUCCUCCACCCUGCUCCUUUGGGACACCGGAGAGGAUUUCUUUUUCUCCAGACUCAAUGGCAGAUCCUCCUUUUUUCAUGCAUUUGGACACAGAUUCGUUGUCUCACAUGAGCACCGUAGCGUCACCUCAGUCUGUUGGGUCUCCAAAAUACACUUCCAGUGCAACAGCUUUGCACAUUGACCCCUGGAAUACUUGCAUGUUCCAGAACGAAGCUAACGCCAGUAGUUCUUGUCAUCCAAGCAAUGAGAUCUUCAACACAGAGUAUGACGACAACUUAACGCUCACGCCUUCUUUGGCUGCCCACUCCCAGCUUCCAUCUGCUGACAAUAGUUUGCCAGAAUGCAGUAUUUCAGUGACAUGUGUGGAAGAUCCUGUGGUUUUCUCCAAGAUUAGGCAGAAUUUGAGAGAAAAACAUGCCCGGCAUAUCGCUGAUCUACGAGCUUAUUAUGAUUCAGAAAUUCAAAGCUUAAAGCAGCAGCUGGAGGCAAGCCAUAAACCUCCUUCCGAAGACUUGAAGAAAAUCAAUCAAAAUCUUGCUGACAGAUGUGACCAGUUAGAGGCAGUGUUGGAUGAAGCUAAUAAUCGUAUGCAAGCACUUGAAGAUAAAAAUAACACUCUGGAAAGGGAAGUGACAGAUUGGAAGGAGCGCUUCUGUGCUGUCAGCAAUACCACCAAGGCCUUGCAGGAGCGGAUUGAAGAAAUGCGCACCAGCAGCAAAGAGAAAGACAACACCAUUAGCCGUCUGAAGAGGAGGCUUAAAGAUCUAGAAGAAGCAUUUGAAAAAGCCUACAAGCUCUCAGAUAAUAAAGAUGCCAAGUUAAAGGAAGAAAAUAAAAUGUUCCAAAAUCUUUUACGAGAAUAUGAAUCCCUUGGGAACGAACAUGAAAGAGUAAAGGACACUUUAAACAUCACUGAGAACAAAUUACUGGAUGCACACACUCAGAUUUCUGAUUUGAAAAGAACAGUCUCAAAACGUGAAGCUCAGGUCAAGCAGUUAGAACACGAAAACUUGCUCAAAUUUCGCCAUUUUGCAGACAGUCACUUCAGAACAUCUUAUGCCAACAAGCUAGCAAGCUCUGAUGUGAGCAGAAGGAAAUGGUUGAUUCCAGGAUCAGAGUAUUCAAUCUUCACAGGCCAGCCUUUAGAAGCCCAAGAGAGCGCCAAAGAUAACAGGCUAGAAGAAACAUACUCUUCUUGCAGGUACCAUACACCUCCGGAAAAAGAUUCCUCUCCAGAUCCCUCGCUAACGAACGAAAUGUCAAAAGAAGAAACUGAAGUCCCAGAAACACCCAUCAUAAAAGCCUUUAAAGAACUUGAAGGAAGGAAGAAGUUGAAGAAUUGGGCCACUCAGACAGAGAAAGAGGAGGCAGCUGCCAAAGGAACCCCUCGGCGCCCCACUGUUGGAUUUGAUGAAACGUCUCUUGGUGCCAGACGGUCCCCAGAGAAAGGCAAAGACCAGCUUAGACACAAAAGAUACAGUUCACCUAACGGCCAGAGAUCCUCAUCUCUCCCGCCUUCAAGCAGGAAGUCAAACACUCCAACAAGGAGAGAGAUAAUGCUGACUCCAGUUGCCGUGACCUACAGCCCAAAGCGGUCUCCGAAAGAGAACCUGUCCCCAGGAUUUAGCCAUUUACUCAGUAAAAAUGAAAACAUGAUGACAAGGUUUGAUAUUCUCCUUGAUGAUUUAGAAACUGCUCCCACGCCCGCAUCGCAAUACAACAGUCGACGGAAAAGGCUUCAGUUUCACUCAGUAGGUGAUACAGAAGAACUGGAGCACCCUGGUCCUGGCAAAGACAGCUACACAAGGUCUUCCUCUUGCACAGACUCUUUGCAUGCAGGGGCAAAGAAGGGGAUGACGGGGCAAGCUUGGGAGGAGGAGAGCUCUGCGCCCCCAGGUGAGCCCGGCCUGUCUUCAGCAGCACCAGCACCUUGUGAGGCAGAGUUCAAAUACGUGUCAAGGAUUAAGACGUUGGCUGAAACGGAGAGACUCUUUGAUGAGCUCACCCAUGAAAAGCAACAGAUUGAGGCCCAGCUGAGUCGAAUUCCUUGUGCUGGAGGAAGAAUGACUCUGCAGGCAAGACUAAAUCAGGCCGUGCAUUUCUUUGGAAAUGGAAAAUUGCUAUCUCGCCAGGAAGCCUUGGAAGAUCGCUUGGAAAGGGUCAAUAGAGAAUUGGGCUCCAUCCGGAUGAUCCUGAAGAGAUUCCAUGUUUUACAUACCUCUGCAAAUAUUUGAGAUGUCUCUAUUUAAAUUUAGAUAUCCUUGUGUUUGCACUAAAAGUAUAAUAAUUAUGCACUCUGAAAAUGCAAAUGGUUUUGUAUCUUUUGUAAGCCCUCUGCAGCAGUUUUGCAAUCAUGUUGCCCUUUAAACACUAUUUUAUAUAGCCACAUAUAUUUUAAAACUUAUUUUUGUUACACCUGAAGGAAUCAAUCUGUCAAUUCUGUAUUUUGCUACUUUUGAAGAAGUGUUAAUUUUUUUUGAAACCAUGAACAAGACUUGUUUAUAAGAACAAAGCAGCCAAAAGGUAGCUUGUUUUUAAAAAUGUGAUCACGUUGAACUCGAUUUUGUGGUGCACCAGGCUCACUGUUUUUAUAGGGUUUGUAGGCUGUCUUGUAAUGAUGUAUUGCGUUUUUAUUUAUGAUAAACAUGACACACACAGCUUCUUGUUGUGAAGUGAGCUCCACACAAAUGCUACACAGCUUGUAUUUCAGAGAUUACAUCUCCUUUCAUAAACUCCUUUGUUCAGUUGCAGCACAGUAUUUUCAGCAAAUGCACAAAACCUAGGCUGGGAAAGUCUGUUUAAAAUAGUAUAUGAACAGCAAGGUGUUAGAGAGGCAAAAAAACGAUGUUUCUCUUUUUAUAAAGAGUUUUUAUUUUGCAUGUUUUGUCACCAAAAUAAUAACAAUAAUUAAAGCUGCAUUGUCUAAAA